CUACCUCUGUGACCUCCCCGGAACAAAAGGUCCCCUUUAGAUUUCUUCUGCCGAUCUUCUGUUCUACCUUAGACAUUGAAGCAGCAUGCUUGUAUUUACAACUUUUAGAAGAGAAACAAGACACUAGACCAAAAUGUCAAGUCCAACAGGUCCCCUUGCGAAGUACAAUGCCGCCAACAAGCUCUACAAGAGUUCGCUGCUCAACGCAGUUUGCUUUGUGGCUUCUUUGAGCGUGUUCUUCUUCGGCUAUGACCAGGGUUUAAUGGGCGGCGUUAACACUGCACGUAAUUAUGCUGAACUAAUGGGAUUUGGUCACUGGGACGAGCAGCAAAGAAUUGUGGUGGUUGAUAAGCCAUUGUUGCAAGGAGGCAUCGUUGCCGUUUACUACCUUCCCGGGACGCUCGCGGGGUGCUUGAUAGGCGGCUGGUUCGGUGACAGAUACGGACGACUCAAGACUAUUGCCGUCGCAUCAACUUCCCUCUCGCCUAAUUUUUCUUGGCAUCUGCUGUUAGUGAAUAAGUGAGCCUACCACCAAAUUACUAACAGC